GGACGCGUGCGCACUAGCAUACCGGCGACGGCUGUUCAAACGGUGGCCUAGCGAAUAAGGGGAUUACGGAGCCCAAUCUGACAGGCUGCACAAUGAGUCAGGGUAAGGACAAUGCACGCCUCAAAAGCUACAAGAAUAAGUCUCUCAACACAGAUGAGAUGAGAAGGAGGAGGGAAGAGGAAGGCCUGCAGCUCCGUAAACAGAAGAAGGAUGAGCAACUUUUUAAGAGAAGAAAUGUUGCCACUGUGGAGGAUGAUGGCAUCCUGGAUGAGGAUGGGAUGGCUGAUAGCGGCUAUCUGGAGUCCCAGGCCAACAACAUGGACCCACUCAUGGGUGGGGUGAUCUCUGAAGACAUGAUUCAAAUGAUUUUCUCCAGCUCUCCUGAGCAGCAGCUAAUAGGUACUCAGCGCUUUAGGAAACUACUUUCUAAAGAACCCAACCCACCUAUUGAUGAAGUCAUUGCCACUCAAGGGGUGGUGGAGCGCUUUGUUGAGUUCCUGAAAAGAAGAGAAAACUGCACAUUGCAGUUUGAGGCUGCGUGGGUAUUGACCAACAUUGCUUCAGGUACGUCUCACCAGACACGGGUGGUCAUCCAGGCAGGAGCUGUGCCUAUAUUCAUAGAGAUGCUCAGCUCGGAUUUUGAGGACGUACAGGAACAGGCGGUGUGGGCCUUGGGAAACAUAGCAGGAGACAGCACAGAAUGCAGAGACUUUGUCAUAGACUGCAACAUACUGCCCUCACUGGUGCAGUUAUUGGCCAAACAGAAUCGUCUAACAAUGAUGAGGAACGCAGUGUGGGCGCUCUCAAACCUGUGCAGAGGAAAGAACCCACCUCCAGAUUUCACUAAGGUGUCUCCGUGUCUCAGCGUGCUGUCUUGGCUGCUGUUUGUAAACGAUACGGACAUCCUAGCUGACGCAUGCUGGGCGCUCUCCUACCUAUCAGAUGGCCCAAAUGACAAAAUUCAGGCUGUUAUUGACUCGGGAGUCUGUCGCAGGCUCGUUGAACUGCUGAUACACGUGGAUUAUAAGGUGGUCUCUCCUGCACUGCGGGCUGUUGGAAACAUAGUCACUGGAGAUGAUUUACAGACACAGGUGAUUCUGAACUGUUCAGCACUGCAGUCUCUACUUCAGCUUCUGAGCAGUCCCAAGGAGUCUAUCAAGAAGGAAGCGUGUUGGACAAUCUCCAACAUCACCGCAGGGAACAGAGCACAAAUACAGAUGGUGAUAGAUGCAGGUCUGCUGCCUCCGCUCAUCAAUAUCCUGCAAGUAGCAGAGUUUCGCACAAGGAAGGAGGCAGCGUGGGCCAUUACCAAUGCCACCUCAGGGGGUUCUGCAGAGCAAAUCAGGCACUUAGUGGAACUUGGGUGUAUAAAACCUCUGUGUGACUUGCUCACACUCAUGGACUCCAAAAUAGUUCAGGUGGCUCUAAAUGGCCUGGAGAACAUCCUGCGACUGGGAGAAUUGGAGGCCAAGAGGGGAGGAGGCAUCAACCCCUACUGUGCACUCAUUGAGGAAGCCUAUGGUCUGGACAAACUGGAGUUCCUGCAGAGCCAUGAGAACCAGGAAAUCUACCAGAAAGCCUUUGACCUGAUUGAGCGCUACUUCAACACUGAAGAUGAGGAUCCAUCUUUGGCUCCAGCCGUCGACCUGCAGCAGCAGCAGUUCCUCUUCCAGCAGUGCGAGGCCCCGAUGGAGGGCUUCCAGCUAUAAUGCUAAUUCCUCCCUUUUCCCAGAGCUCCACGUUCAUCCUCACCUUUGCUCCCGUCUCACUCUAUCCCUACAGCCAUGAUCCAGGGUGACAUACCUCGGCCUCCCCCUCCCGUUCCCCUUCUCAUUGUCUGAGAGGUUUAAUCAUCAUCAUGAUUAUUAAAAGCAUACCAUUAAAGGGGCACACUCUGUUCAUGCAUCCAGCACGGGUGAAUUCUGCAGUCUUGUCAGCCAGUUCAAGGUUUCACUCAUUCUGUCUUUUGCUGAAUUAAUUUUUUCCCUCAGCACCUGGACCUCUCCUGUGUGGUUAAGCCCCAACAUUUCCAGCUAUAAACUUUUCCUAUAACUCAUCCCCACAUUAUUGCUUUUUUUAUUUUUUAUUUUUUGGGGGGGGGAAUUCUUCCUCAGCUUAUCCCCAAUAAAAGAACCUCUUUGUGGUCCUGUAGGAUUGGCUUUUGCUAGCUCUUGAGUCAGUGGUAGUAUUGGGCUGCACUGCUUGUCUGAUUGAAGCAUUAAUGAGUCUCGAGACAGACAAACAUGGACAUGAUUUCAAUUUCUUUCUAUCUAUAUAUAUAUA